CUUAACAUUUAUUUAACAUUACAGGUGACGUUAGCCAUACCUACAGAAGAUGGCUUAGACGUUCAUGCUGGUAGCCAAUGGAUAGCUGGUACUCAGAUGGCUAUUGGGCAGGUGCUUGGGAUACCAGAUAACAGCGUCAACGUAACAGUGAAGCGGAUUGGUGGUGGAUUCGGUGCCAAGAUUGACCAAUGUAACAUCAUAUCUACAGCUGCUGCUUUGGCUGCUACCACAAUUCGAAAACCAGUUAAGAUUGUGGUUGAUUUAGAUACCAAUAUGACAAUAUAUGGUGGUAGGGAUCCAUUCUACUCCACUUAUAAGGUAGGCGUAGACGACCAGGGCCUCCUACAAGCAGUUCAGGCAACCAUAACAAGCGAUUCUGGUUACACUGGCACAGACCCUAACUGCCCAUUAGCCCCGGAUUGCGUACCAUCUUGUUACGCUUGUCCCAACUUUCUCGUGACGCCGCAGUUUGUUUUGACGAAUACGUCGUGUAAUACCUACUGUAGGACCCCAGGUGAGUGGGUGGAUAGAUGGAUAGAUGGAUAGCUAGAUAGAUAGAUA